AUGGAGGGACGGGAUGCGCUAGCCCGGCACCUCUACGGGACAAUUUUCCUGUACAUAGUCCGUCGCAUCAACGACGCCCUCUCCCCGGGCUCCGCCCGACAUCCCAGCUCGGCGCAGCCCUAUGUUGGCGUUCUGGACAUCUUUGGAUUCGAGUUUUUCGAACACAACUCGUUCGAGCAGCUCUGCAUCAAUUUUACGAAUGAGCUGCUUCAGCAGCACUUCAGCGAAGUAAUUUUUGAAUUUGAGGCGGCCCUCUACGCCAAGGAAGCCGUGAGUUGGGAUCCUGGAGACUUCCCCGACAACAAAGACAUUGUCGAUCUGAUUGGAAGCAUCCAGGCGCCUCGCGGGCUUUCUCUGGAAGGGCUUCUGCCGAUGCUGGAUGAGGAGGGAAACCUCCCCGGUGGCAGCUCCACCGGCUGGUUCAACAAGCUGUCGUCCAAGUACUCCAACCAUGCGAUCUUCCAGGUGGUGAUGCGGCGGCGGGGUAACUUCCUGGUGAACCACUUCGCCGGCGCGGUGGAGUACGAAUCCCGCGACUUCCUGUUCAAGAACAAAGACACCCUCUCGCCGGAUGCCAUGGAGAGCAUGAAAGCCAGCUCCAGCGAGUUCCUUCGAAGUCGCUUCCAGGAGGAGGGGCGCAGCUUCGGCACGCAGACGUGCGCCUCCACAGGCCGCGUUCGAAAGGCCAAGGCCUACUCCGUCUCCCUGGAAUUCCGGCAACAGCUGCGCGAGCUGAUGACUAGCGUGCGCUCCACACAUCCCCACUUCAUCAGGUGCAUCAAGCCGAACCCGCAGAACAAGCCGCAGGUCUUGCACAGAAGCUCGGUGGUGGAGCAGCUGAGAUACCAGGGCGUUUUGGAGGCAAUCCGUGUCAGCCGCGCCGGCUACCCUGUGCGGCACCGCCAUCGCGAGGCUGUCUUGGAGUACUGGCGGCUGGAGAAGCCCCUGUGGUCUAGGCUGGAAUUCGAAGUUGGCUGUGGCGAGUACGCCGAAGCGGCGAGCCUGCUCUUCAGGCGACUGCAGGAGCGAGUUGCGCAUGUGCUCCCAGAUGCGCCGGGCUAUGGGCUGCAGAUCGGCCGGCACAUGAUCUUCAUGAAGAGGGAGGUUGCUGCCUUCCUGGACGCUGCCCUGCGGAAGGCCCGCAUCGAGGCCUCCGUGCAGAUCCAGGCGCGCUGCCGGGAGCGGCAAGCGAGGCUCCGGUUCCGCAGCGUGCGCGAGGCGGCGGUUCGAAUCCAGGCCCUGGCUCGGGGGAGGGCCGCGCGCAAGUUAGCCGAGGAGAUGCGGAGGCAGCGCGCAGCUACCAAGUUGCAAUCCGUGCAGCGCGGACGCCUGGCUCGGCGAGAGUAUCAGGCAAAAUGCCAAGCUGUGGCGACAUUGCAGGGCGGGCUCCGAUCCCUGCUGGCAAGGCAACGAUUCCUUGCCAUGUCCUCCAGCGCCCGGCAACUCCAGAGUUGGUUUCACCGCACGGUGCUCCGGAUACGGCGGCGGCGCCGAACCCGGGCCGCCUUGCCCAUCCAGACCGCCUGGCGCCGGGUCCUCGCCAAGCGCGAGGUCCAGCAGCGUCGCGAGGCUUUGGCUGCCGUGCAGCGGCCGUAUAGGCGGCUCCUCCGCCAGUGGCAAUCACAGGCGGUCCAGGAGAUCCGGGAGCAGGGCCUCUUGAGACCUGCCCCAGAACCAGUGGGCUUAUUGGCCGAAGAUCAUCUGGACGAGCAGCUCGAGGACGUUCCUUUGGGAAAGCUCUUGGCCGCCAUCGCCAGCCUCGAGCGCUGUAAUGCAGCGCUGAGCUUCGAGGCCAAGGCCACCCGCCUCUCCUGCGAGCGCCUGCGCGCGGAGCUGGGGGACCUGCGCCGGAACUCCAUCCCCGGGGUCAUUGGCCAAGUCUAUGGCAACAGCAGCUUCCUUCCGGCCGCCAACUUUGUCUUCCUCGACAGUUGGCAUGCCUACUGGAGCUGA